CGUUAAAAUCCUCCCGUGACCCACUUCUAUUUAUCACAGGAGGCCGAAACUACACAUGUGUCAUGAUAUCCGUCUUGAUAGGUGACGUGCCGAUUUAGAACUCCGAACUGAUCACGGUCUUGUUUUUACGGGGUGACGAAGUGGUUUCAUCUACGCUGACGAUCGUGCCAUCACCACCCAAGUACAGAGCUUUGAAAUGGUUGAACAGACACUCUCCAAAUAAUUCAUCUAUGGCAACGAUUGUGCCAUCACUGCCCAAGCAGAGAGCUUUGAAAUGGUUGAACAGAUGCUCUCUGAAGAUUUCAUUUAUGCCGACGAUCGUGUCAUCACCGCCCAGGCCGGGAGCUUGGAAAUGGAAGAACAGACGCUCUCCGACGCUUGAGGGUCACUCCAUGGGCUCGAGUGGACAAGCGCCAGGUCUAACUUGCUGGAAGGUCUUGACCUUCCUGAUCCUCCAGCUCAGCUUCAGUGCGAUCUUCUUCGCUUACGUCCGGAUACAUGGCAAGGCAAACCAAGAGGUCCCUGAGUUCGACAUGGUCAGCCAGACCCGAUGUCCUCCGGUCAGCCAGACCCCAUGUCCUCCGGCCGGCCAGCCCCAACGUUCUACGGUCGGCGAGCGGUCCUCCAACUUGAUCACCAUCUUGCUGUGGACAUGGCCUUUCGGCAGGCCUUUUUUGAUACAGAAGUGCUCCCAGCUGCUGGGCCUCCCCGACUGCGACUUCACGACAAACCGCAGUCGGUACCAGGAGGCGGACGCGGUAAUCGUCCACCACCGGGAUGUCUGCUGGAGCGCCGGAAAGCUCCCUCAAUUGCCGAGACCACCGUCCCAGCUCUGGAUCUGGUUCAACCUGGAGUCGCCCUCCGCCUCCCCGAACCUCCACUUCAUGGACCACCACUUCAACCUCACCAUGAGUUACCGCCGAGACUCGGACAUCUUCACUCCGUACGGCUGGAUGGAGGUCCUCCCUCGUCCGGGAAACGUCACCGUCCCACCCAAGUCCAAGUUGGUCGCUUGGGUGCUGAGCAAUUGGAAGGCAGGCUCCCGCCGGGUGCAGUACUACAACGAGCUCAAGAAGCACCUGCAGGUGGACGUCUACGGGCGGGGCCACCUCCCUCUCCGGCGGGAGGAUCACCUCUCGACCUUGUCCCAGUACAAGUUCUACUUGGCCUUUGAGAACACCGUCCACGAGGACUACAUCACCGAGAAGGUCUGGCGGAACUCCUUCGUCACCUGGGCGGUGCCCGUGGUCCUCGGGCCUCCGAGGAAGAGCUACGAGCGCCACAUGCCUCCGGAGUCUUUCAUCCACGUCGACGACUUCCCCUCCGCCCAAGACUUGGCCACGUUCUUACAAGAGUUGGACCGGAACGCGACCCGGUACCAGAGUUACUUCCGUUGGCGCGAGAGGCUGAAGCCUGUCGGCGAGACCUGUUGGGCCAUGCACUUCUGCAAAGCCUGCUGGGCCUUACAGAAGAAGCCGGUCCAAUACCAGACCAUUCCGGAACUGAGCAAGUGGUUCAAGUAACGUGGUUGUGUCGGGACUCAAGGGUUGGCAAAAUAAAAAAAUCUUUGGAUGUGGAAAA